AUGGGUUGCGGUUCGAGUGUCCCUGAUGUGGUGAACCCUGGUUUUGCUAUGAGGGUUCAGCGGCAGCCGAGCACAGUGAGUCAACACCAGUCAUCCGAAAAUUUUCUGAAUGCGAGGCGAUUGCGUCGGAAAUCGAGCGGUAUAAGAAGGAGUAGUAGCGGCGCUAGAAUUGAUGAAGAGGAUAUGCUAUCGGACAUCAGUUCUGCAGGAUCGUCUGGCCGCUCGCUGCUUGAUGUGCAUUCGAUGUUAGCUAGAACCUCAUUUGCCCUAGAAGAUCUGGAGCAUCAGCGCCGGCAGCUACCCGAUCUCAUCGAUGAGAAUCUCUUUGUCUACGAUGAUGUCGUUGUGGCAAAGGAUGAAGUUAACUCUAGGCAGUGGAAGGCUGAAGUGAACCGGCAGCCGCAAGAGAUGCGGCGAAGUCGGUCAGGAAGCCGUCGACUAUCCAUGGGACCCAGGAAAGGGAAAAACAACGUCUUUUGCUUUGCGGACUUCAAGGUGUGGGUCGAUGAAAUGGAAACGGGAGCAAAUGAGGGUAUGGUGAAGGUUGGCAAACAACGCCUCUCCAUCCUGAGUAGGAGCUCUGAGGAGGAUGAGGCCCUCAAGGGUGCUCGGGUUUCCUUUACUUGUUCCACUCGACCCAAUGCCUUUGCCGUGUUGCGGGCUCGGAUGAUUGCUCAGCAGGAAUUUUCGAAACUAAAACUUGCAGAACUCGGUGUACCGCGUAACAUAAGAGACUUCCGCAUCCGGACAUUAAUUGGCCAUUCGGCGCGUGUGAGGUGUCUUUCCCUUUCACCUAAUGAGAAGGCCUUAGUGAGUUGUUCAAAUGAGGAGACAUAUGCGACGCUGCGGAAUCUUAUGGCUGACGAGGAGAGGGGUUCCUUUUCGGGUCACCGUGAUGUGGUCAUGUGUAUGGCCUUCUCCGGUGACGGCAAAUACUUGGCAACGGGCAGCAAAGACAAAACGCUUACGCUUUGGGACGCCGCCAUCACAAAGGUACUGACGGUAUUUAAGCAUGAAAAGGUGGUCAUAUGCUGUUGCUUUAGCCCAGACAGUAAACGCAUUGUGGCGGGUUGUCAGGACCGUGUGUGUCGUGUGUGGGAUGUGAUGCGGGGUGCUCAGGUUGUCACGUAUACUCGACAUUGCGGUAUUAUUGCAGCCGUUUGUUACAGUCCUGACGGCGGGAGCAUCUGUAGUGGAUCUUCUGAUAAAACCCUACGCGUGUGGGGUGCGGAAAGGGGAGGCACUCGCACGGUGCUCUCUGGGCAUGUGGGCGUUGUGUUGUCCUGCAGUUAUUCCACAGAUGGUGAGCACAUAUUUAGCAAUGAUGAGGCCUUCUUGUGUAUGUGGAACCCCAAAGAUGGUGUUUGCACAAUGCGGCUGUCGGUAGCUGAGUUUGUGAGGAAAUGUGGUGGUAUUCCAAAGGUACGGAGACUGGGGUGGACGUUAUGUUGUUCUGCCCCAGGAGCCUUCACUCACUACGUUGUGGCUGCUUGUGCGAACCGAUUCGUGUACUUGAUUGAUGUACGAACCGGUGAGGAAUACGCUAGUACGUUCUGCAAGGCGCCCGUGUAUGCCUUAACACGUGGUAGGUGCAGCACAGUGGCGUUCGGUGAUACUUUUGGGAAUAUAUAUAUCCAAGAACUCAUGUAG